GAAGCAAUUGUGCGUUGGCCUUUAUGAAUAGAAGAGAAAUUGUGGAUUGUGGUAUUAUCGUUAUUAUUAGUGACAAUUAAAAUAAUAUUUAAACAUUUUACUUUGUUAAUCAGUAAAAUUAGCGAAUUACUAAAUGAUUUUUAAGGUAACAUAUAAUUAUUUACAUCUGUAGAACAGGAACUUCAUUUCAACAGUUAAAAUACGUCAAUCAAAAUUUAAGGUGACAAUGCAAGUUCAUUUCAACUUUCAAGGAUUUCUCUAAUGUGUUGGAUUUAUCUAUAUAAAAGUUCAUGGCCCUUGUGACAUAAAUAGGUUACUUUUGCAGCGCCAAAACAAAUUUGGCUCUCCCAGUAGUGACAGCCAGAAUAGGAGAAAAAGGACAUGUAACUAAAUCAAAUUUAUAUGAUUGAAUAAUCUAUGAUGAAGGGAAAUAUCGAGAUUUACUCUCAAAACUUUUUACGGGCUGAACAGCUUUUACUGAAUAAAGGAAUACGCUGUAAUACUGUAGAUGAAUAUGAGAGAUAUUCACAACUCCUUCCAAAAACUGGAAAAAAACUUUUUGAACCCAAGUGUACGUGGUUAGAAUCUAAAAAAAUUGAGAAAGAUCUGCAAUAUAGAAGUGAUUUAUUGGCUAUAGAGAGGGUUGAAAGAAAGUCACAAAUAGCUUUUGGAGAAUGGCUACCUAAUGAAAGGAAAGUACAAGUAUUAAAAAGAGCAGGGCAGGUAUGGGCAAACUUUGGAUUCGAAGUGAACUCGAUACUUUAUUUGAAUCCUGAAGAAGCAUUAUCAUUACUUGAAAUGAAUUGUAUAGAGCUUUUAUGGGAAAAAGUCCCUCUUUCUGUGCAACAGGCAUAUGCCAUUCUACUAAAUGCAGAUAAAAGUGGUUGUUCUCUAGACAACUAUAGAGUUUAUAACCAAUUUGUUAGGUAUGGUUACCGUCUUCUGCGCCAUAGCGGAAAUAAGUUAACGUCAUCUAAAGGGACAAGCGUACGACAGUCGUUCAGGUUAAAACCAGUAGUUAUCCCGCCGAGUAAUGGCCUUCGAAAGUUCGGUACUUCUUCAGAAGUAAGUGAUAACGAGAAAAUAAAGGGCAAUGUAUCCACUGAUGGAUAUAGUCAAGAAGAAGUAGAAAUUUCAAGCAAUAAUGAUAAUAUUAUUGACGAUUGUGUACAUCAAGUUAUGGAAAAUAUUGUUUGUCACUUGGAAUCGAAAAGAAAAUCUGAAAGUAAUUCUUUAGUUGGUGACGUUGACGUUGACGUUGAAGUAAUUCCCAAUUGUAUAAAGUCGAAAAAAAGAAAACAUCUUGAAAACAGUAACGAAAUAAAUCUCAAUAAUCACAAUAAAAAAAAGAAGACUGAAAUUAUAACUACUGACCAAGCAUCGAAGAAACAAGGACAAGAGGUAAUUUGUCUUUCCGAUGAUGAAAUUGAAGAAAUCUGUAAACCCGCAACGCGAUUGGAUGUGUUAAAUCAAUUACCAGAUGUAGCUUCUCAAUCAGUGAAAAUACAAUCUAAAAAUUUAAAAAGUUACUUACCGCGUGGUAUAGAACUUAAAAGAGAUGUUUAUUACUUUGAAAAAAUAAAAUGUCCAACUGUACAUAAAACAGAUAACUGUAAUAAUACUUUUCAAAAUACAUCUUCUAAAAGAAAUCUUUAUGCACUGAAACAUAAUAAUCCAAAAAGCUAUGCUAAACCAUACUCAACAUGGAAUCAAAAUGCACAGUGUGCAAACAGAUUUGCCUAUCAGCAAAUAAAUGGCGCGCAAAGAGGUUUUCAUACAGUGAUGCAGGGAGCUAAUAGACUUUCUAGGUUUCAGUGUUUCCUGUACUUUAAUUUUCUUGCCUACAACAAUUAUAGAAGCGCCACAACAGUGACUGCAAGCUUCAUGAAGUACAAUUUAAUGCGGAACUUUUAUGCGCCUAAUUAUAGAAGUAACUUUUGCAAUCCACCUGUCGCUCCUUGCCAAAAUUUACCUAGCCCUAGGUUGUACAAUAAACCGCACCAAUCAAAGGAGUUGCUAAGUUCUGCAAGUAAUGCUAAUCGUGGCUCAAUAAUUGAUAAUAAGAAAGAACCUUCAUCUUGGCAGCAGUUUAAACAGAAAUUACAGGAUGAACAUACAAUAACCAUUGAUGAUGAACAUAGUAAUGAAAAGAAAGUUGAUGGACAGAAUAAAAAUAUUAAACCCUUGAUAAACAUUAAAAGAAGUGCUUACUCAUUUGACGUUAAUGAUAAAAUUAAACUGAUUAAACCUUUUGUUAAAAAAUCUCAACAGAAAAAAGCCUAUGACUCCAAGGUAUCUUACAACAUCUAUUCGAAUAAUGCAAAUUAUAGAAAGGCGAAUCCUGGUCCUCCAAAUAGUCAGCUUCUUGUCGUGAGAGAAAACUCAGGACAUUAUUUAGAUUCAGAGGAAGUACAUCAUUCUCUUAUUACAAAAGAUAAAACUCUUGUUCUUGCUUAUGUCACGAAAACAUCUAUAUCAUACAUUCAAUUUGGAAGUGUAGAAAUUCCUGAUUUACUGUAAAAUAAAUUGUAUAUAUAUUAUUGAGAAA